AUGCGCACGGUUAAGCUGGUUGUAAUUGGUGCCUCAGGCGUCGGCAAGUCCAGCAUCCGUAAUCAGUAUAUCUCUGGCCGAUUCACAACAGGCUACAGGGCCACUAUUGGCGCGGAUUUUAUAACAAAGACUCUGCCGCACCAUAACUGUCCGGACGAGCAGGUCACACUGCAGAUAUGGGAUACGGCAGGUCAAGAGAGGUUCUCCGGUCUCUCGUCGGCCUUUUUCCGUGGUGCGGACGCGGUGAUCCUCAUGUUCGACGUAAAUCAGCCGCACACGCUUGGGGCUCUGACAAAGUGGUGGGACGACUUCCGCGACAAGGCCCCCGUGUCGGAUGAGCGCGUCGAAGAGUUUUGUUGUGUCGUUGUCGGGAACAAGACGGACAUU